AUGGCCCAUGCAGGUGGCAUCUGCUCAUCGGCUGUGCUCGACGAGAAGCCAGCGGCCUGUGUGGCCAGCAGCACAGCCUUGGCCAUCAGGAACUCCACGAUAAUCGCCCAUCGGCUGUCCAUUUAUCUGCCCCAAUUGUUGCUGCCCUCGCGGGAUCCCCAGAAGCUCAUUACCGAAAUAAACUGUCAUGUGGCCCAAUUCCGGGAGCUGCUCAUCUUCAUAGGUCAGGCCCGGGAUUCCCCAGAGCUGCGCGAGAAGAUUAGAAAACUGAGACGGAACUGUGUGGAUGCCUGCAAGCACACCGCCCACUUGAUCACUCCUCAGCCGAGGCACUGUUUGGGAAGUCCCAGUGAAAGGAUGCACUUGACCCUGCUCUUUCAUCUCACCCAGCAAUUUCAGCACGAGCUGAUCAAGAGCCAUCGUUUGAUCCAACUAGUGCCUUUGGACAUGACGGAUUACUAUGCUCCUUCUCGAACUGCCCCUUCCAAUCUCGGCAAUGUCAUCAGCCAAUUCCUGUUGUGCAAGCAAAUUAAUCCGGAUUUUCAGCAGGAGGAGCUGUGCAGCAUUGUCAAGGACUCUCAGGAGCUGACAGAACUUUUGGAGGAGCUGCAGGCCCACAUGCCCUUGGCAGAGGCAUCUCCUGAAUCCGAACUGGAUCCGACACAGAAAUCUGAAAGCAGUCUUGUUUCCCUCAACACUCCGGUUUGGUAUGCCCGCCAGCGAAGAAGGAGUUGCAAAACCAGGAGCCGCAGUCUCUGUUGCUGUUUGGCCAGAAACCAGACCAAAACUUAUUAAAGUCUUAGAUUCGUAGAGAUAACAAAAGAAAGUAAUCGGAAAGAAAAAAGAUUACAAGGUUCUGUAGGAAAUGGACUUCCCUUUUGAAACGUCUUAGUAAUGUAUUGAAAUGUAUCACCUAGGAAAUAGUGAUUUUAAAUCUAUAAACAGGUUAUUAAGUGUGUAAUAACUGCAAUGCUCAAUGAUAACGAAACAACUUUGCGACCCGAUAAAAUGUUUUCCCAGAAAUGAUAAUAGCAGGUAAUACCGGCAAUUUGGGACAUCAAAGACGUCCAAGGCAAUAACCAUAAUGAAAGCGAUUAAGAGAAAUACAAACAAGAAAUACAAAUUGAGAGUAGCUGUUUUCUCGUUUUGCGGAAUCCCAAAGAAAAUGAUGAAAUCCGAAAUCUGUGCCCCCUUCGCAGACAAAGGGCGAUAAAUUCACCGAAAGCAGGAGAAAUCCCGCUUUACGACGACUAAGAAAGAUGUCACAUUUAUUGGCGAGAAUCCCCAGAAGCCUCCAGUGUUUACCCACCACUUAGCGCGACAGGUGAUGUCGGCU